AUGAAUGAAGAUGAGCUGAACGGGAAUCUCGGAAUGGGCAGUAGUGACUUCGAUCAGAACAAAUUCCAUCAAGUGACCGUCAGCGAUCCGCACGCUCGCUCGUCUUCAGCUUUCACUGUUCCCCGCCGAUAUGUUGAUCUCAAAUUUCUCAACGCUGGCGCUCAAGGGACAGUUGUAUCAGCUAAAGAUACAUUGACUGGCCAAAAAGUGGCUAUAAAAAAGAUGCAACAGCCAUUUGUGAUGACGAUGAGUGCAAAGAGAGCCUAUCGAGAAUUCGUCCUUCUCACAUCGAUUCAACACCCAAAUAUAAUUCGUCUUCUCAACGCUUUCACUCCACAAACGGAUGUCGCAAAUUUUCGUGAAGUUUAUUUAGUGAUGGAGUUGAUGAGUCACAAUUUGCAUGAGGUGAUUUCUCGACUCAGACUUGACCAUCGAACUCUUUCCUUUUUCGUCUAUCAAAUGUUGUGCGCUAUUCGACAUUUACAUCAAUCCGGAAUCAUUCAUAGGGAUUUAAAACCAUCAAAUAUUGUGGUAAAUGAUGAGUGCGUCUUGAAAGUAUUGGAUUUUGGAUUGGCGAGGAAACAAACGGUGGAUACGGCGAUGCGAAUGAGUGAUUAUGUGGUCACAAGAUAUUAUCGAGCUCCAGAAGUGAUUCUUGGAAUGGGAUAUUCGGAGAAAGUCGAUAUUUGGUCUGUUGGUUGUAUCUUUGCUGAGAUGAUCAAACAUCAAGUUUUAUUCCCGGGUCGUGACCGAAUCGAUCAAUGGACGUCGAUCACGAAAGUUUUGGGCGCGCCGAGUGACAGCUUCAUCAAUCGGCUAGGACAAUCGGCGGCUCUCUAUGUGCGAACUCAGCCACAAUAUCCGGGCCAAAGCGUUGAAGAGAUCAUUCCGGAUGGGGAUUUCUUGGCGAACACAGAGAAUUCGGGCGCGAAUUUGACUGCGGCGGCCGCUCGUGAUCUUCUCGCGCACAUGUUGACAAUUGAUCCGAAUGAUCGAUACUCUGUCGAAGCCGCGCUCAAUCAUCCAUAUGUGAAAUUGUGGUUUAAGGAAGAUGAGGUAAACGCACUUCCAUCCGAGAAUCGAUAUCGAGCAGAAUACGAUCGAGAUGAUAAACAAUUGAGUGAAUGGAAAGCUCUAAUCUUCAACGAAGUGAUGCAAUAUCAGAAUACGCACGAUAUUUUUCAAGGAACUGGU